AUGGCAGCUUUCCGCUACAUAUGGGGCCUGUUCCUGGUCAACUGCAGGCAGAAAUUCAUCCUCAGUGAUUGUGUUACAGUGGAUGACCAACUUGUGCCUUUCAGAGGGAAGACCCAGCUUCUGCAGUAUAUGCCGAGCAAGCAUACAAAAAACAAAAUGAGUCUAAAAAACGGGUUUGGAUUCCUGGUCAGCCCAGAGAAUUUGACUCCUGCGGUGCUCAACUGCAUCAUUAUUAUUGUUGUCUCUGUGUCCAUUCUUCUUGUUGUUACUGUCACCUACAAGUGUAAGCAAAAGAAAAACAGAGGGAGCAAAAAUGAAAAUAGGACAGCUGAGAGGAAUUCAAGUGAAGCUUUGAACUCAGGUGAAACAAAAAAUGACAACAAGCAUUUCAAAGAAGAAGAAGCUGCAGCCCUGAAGCUCAGUGAUGAACACCAGACUGAGGAAGGAGAUGAGAAGAACCUGCAGACACUGGAGAAUAACUCACCAAGCCAUGAUGUGGAUGACGAAGUAGCUGUAGCACAGCAGCAGCUGCAGGGUGAGGAGCAGCACAGGGGGAAUGAUGAGUUGGAUAAAACUGAGGUGAUGACACCUGACACGCUUAAAGAAAAGCAGGAGGCCUCUUCACAGCUGAACCUCGGCCUUGCUGUCACCACGAGGAACAAAAAGCCACAAGCUGAACUCAAGAGCAAUGAUGAGGAGACUGAGGUGCUCAAGACUCAGAUGCCUAUCAACGAGUCUCCGAGUAAAGAUAUAAAAGCUGAUGUCCUGAUGCUGCAUGAUGAGAAUGAACAGAAUGAACUCCUGCAGAUAGUCGAGCAGUUGCAGAAGACAGAGGCUGAACUCAAGAGGAAGGAUGAGGAGAUUGAGGAGCUCAAGACUCAGCUGGAGAAACUUCAGUGGCUGAGAAAUGACACACUUAAAGGGAUGGACGAGUCACAAAGGAAGUUCACCAAGCUUACCCUUGCUAUCAAGAGGAUGGAGAAAUUGGAGGAAAAUGUAGGUUUACACAGGAUACAAUCACUCUGUUCGAAGAAUGAGUCACUGGAGAAAGACCUGCAGACCCUGAAGACAGAGCUCGAGGCCAGCCAAUCAGAGGUCAAAGAUCUAGAGGCUGAAAUCCACAAGUUUCAUGUUGAAAAAGAUAAGUGGCUGCAAGAUAAGGAGGAGCUACAGACCACACAGGGGAAACUUGAGGCAAAGAAUAAAGAGCUGAAUGAUGAAGUAUCAAAACUACAACAUCUGCUUAAUAAAGAGAAGCAGAUGAGGAGCGAUACUGAGAUGGAUGUGGAAUCCCUCAAAACAAAGCUGGAGACCAACAGUAAAGAGUUAAAAGAAAAAGAGGAUCAACUCUCUGAGCUUCGUGCUGAGAGAAACAGAAGAUAAAGUGAUGAGAAGGAGCUGCAGACCAAAAAUAGGAAACUUGAAGCCGAGAACAAAGAGUUGAAUGAGGAAGUAGCUAAAUUACAGCAGAGGCUUGGGAAAGAGAAGCAGAGGAGGCAGAAUGCUGAGA